GAGAGCCGAAGAGAGCGGCGGCGCAUGCGCAGUGCGAGCGGGGUUUGGUUUGUGUUUACAGCAGCACCGUUGCUGGCUAAUGUCCAUCGCUGUUAUGUCAAGCCUCUCUGGAAUAAAAAGCUUUUGUGGAAACAGGUAAUUUUGCUCAUUAAACUGCCAUUCAUGAGCACGUCUGGCUUGAUUUAGCAGUCAUGGAUGACAAGGCCUCAGUGGGGAAAAUUAGCGUGUCCUCCGACUCCGUGUCCACCCUCAACAGUGAGGAAUUUGUCCUGGUGUCCGGCCUGGGGGACGAGACCCCCUCCACUAAUAAUGGUAGCGAUGAUGAAAAGACAGGACUAAAGGUGAUUUCUGAGGAAGGUGUCAGCUUUAAGAUUGUGGGCAACGGCAGUGAGCAGCAGUUACAGCAGGAGCUGGAAGAUGUGCUGAUGGACCCUUCAGUAACUGAACUAGUGGGCGGACCGGACCAUCUGGGAGGGGUCAAGCAUGGCUAUCCCACUACAGCUGUGCCACUGCGGUCCGGACCAAUCCCCCCUAAACUUGAGAUAGUGCUGCCCAUUCAGGGAGCUCAGGAGAGUGAACUCAAUGAGAGAUCUUACAGGGAUGAGCCCUCUGACUUGAGUCCCGGGACCCCCGUCCCAGAUGAAGACAGCGUGGUGUUCAGUAAGCUGACGUAUUUAGGCUGUGCGUCAGUGAAUGCCCCGCGCAGUGAGGUGGAGGCUCUGCGUAUGGUCAGCAUCCUCCGCAGCCAGUGCCAGAUGCCCCUGGAUGUCACCCUCUCUGUGCCCGGAGUCUCAGAGGGCACCGUCAGGCUGUUGGACCCUCAGACCAGCACUGAGAUUGCCAACUACCCCAUUUACAAGAUCCUCUUCUGUGUCCGCGGCCACGACGGCUCGCCCGAGAGCGACUGCUUCGCCUUUACCGAGAGCCACUACAACACUGAGAUCUUCCGCAUCCACGUCUUCCGCUGUGAGAUCCAGGAGGCGGUCAGCCGAAUACUCUAUAGCUUUGCCACAGCUUUCCGCCGAUCAGCCAAUAAAGCACCGCUCUCAGCCAAGGCUUCGCCAGACAGCGACGUCUUCACCUUCACCGUCAGCCUGGAGAUCAAAGAGGAUGAUGGGAAGGGCACAUUUAGUGCCGUGUCAAAGGACAAGGACAGACAGAGCUUCAAACUGCGUCCAGGCAUGGACAAAAAGAUUGUGAUUUACGUCCAGCAGACGUCCAACAAAGAGCUGGCCAUCGAGAGGUGUUUCGGUCUGCUCUUGAGCCCAGGGAAGAACGUAAAGAACAGUGAUAUGCACCUGCUUGACCUGGAAUCAAUGGGCAAGAGUUCUGAUGGGAAGUCUUACAUCAUCACAGGGAGCUGGAAUCCCAACACUCCUCAGUUUCAGGCCGUGAAUGAGGAGACGCCCAAAGAUAAGUUCAUGUACAUGACGACGGCGGUGGACCUGGUGAUCACGGAGGUGGAGGAGCCUGUGCGCUUCCUGCUGGAGACACGGGUUCGAGUGUGCUCACCCAACGAUAGACUCUUCUGGCCCUUCAGCAAACGCAGUUACACCGAGAGCUUCUAUCUCAAACUCAGGCCGAUGGAGAACAAGGAGAGGAAGAGCAACUCAGACACGCUGUAUGAAGUGGUGAGUUUAGAGAGCGAGACUGAGAGAGAGAGGAGGAAGACUACUGCGAGCCCUGGCAUCCAGUCAUGCGGCUCUCACAGCUCUACGGUGCCCUCACCUCCUGAGGAUGAUGAGGAGGAAGAUAAUGAUGAGCCGUUAUUAAGUGGAUCUGGAGAUGUGUCGAAGGAAUGUGGUGAAAAAAUUCUGGAAACUUGGGGAGACUUACUGUCUAAAUGGCAUCUGAACCUGGCUGUGCGACCCAAACCGCUCCCGGCGCUGGUGCGCAGUGGUGUCCCAGAGGCCUUGAGAGGGGAGGUGUGGCAGCUACUGGCCGGAUGUCAUAACAAUGACCAUCUGGUGGAGGAGUACCGCACACUCAUCACUAAGGAAUCCCCACAGGACAGUGCCAUCACUCGUGACAUUAACCGUACGUUUCCUGCACACGACUACUUCAAAGAUACGGGUGGUGACGGACAGGACUCUCUCUAUAAGAUCUGUAAGGCAUAUUCUGUGUAUGAUGAAGAAAUCGGUUACUGUCAAGGCCAGUCUUUCCUUGCUGCUGUGCUGCUGCUACACAUGCCGGAAGAGCAGGCGUUCAGCGUGCUGGUCAAGAUCAUGUUUGAAUACGGUCUCAGGGAGCUCUUCAAGCAGAACUUCGAAGACCUGCACUGCAAGUUCUUCCAGCUGGAGAGACUCAUGCAGGAAUACAUUCCAGACCUGUACGCACACUUCCUGAACCUGGGUCUGGAAGCACACAUGUACGCCUCCCAGUGGUUCCUCACGCUCUUCACAGCCAAGUUCCCUCUUUACAUGGUCUUUCACAUCAUAGACCUUCUGCUGUGUGAGGGCAUCAGUGUCAUUUUCAAUGUGGCCCUUGCAUUAUUGAAGACAUCUAGAGAUGACCUGCUGCAGAUGGACUUUGAGGGCGCGCUGAAGUUCUUUCGAGUGCCGGUGCCCAAACGCUAUCGCUCUGAGGAGAACGCCAAGAAGCUCAUGGAGCUAGCAUGCAGCAUGAAGAUCAGCCAGAAGAAGCUGAAGAAGUACGAGAAGGAGUAUCACACCAUCCGAGAGCAGCAGGAACAGCAGGAGGCGCCCAUCGAGAGAUAUGAGAGAGAAAACCGGCGGCUACAGGAAGCUAACAUGCGUCUGGAGCAAGAGAAUGACGAUUUGGCUCACGAGCUGGUCAGCAGUAAGAUCGCCCUGAGGAAAGACCUGGACAACGCUGAGGAGAAAUCUGACGCACUCAACAAAGAGCUUCUCAUCACUAAACAGAAACUGGUGGAAUCUGAAGAUGAGAAGAGACGACUGGAGGAAGAGUCAGCACAGCUGAAGGAGAUGUGUCGGAGAGAACUGGAUAAAUCUGAGUCCGAGAUCAAGAAAAACGGCUCCAUCAUUGGAGAAUACAAACAGAUCUGCUCUCAGCUCAGCGAGCGGCUGGAGAAACAGCAGACGGCCAACAGAGGAGAGCUGGAAAAGAUCCGGAUGAAGGUGGAGGGCUGUGAGAAGUGCAGCAUUCUCUUCAGUAAGGAGGGCCGUCUGAAGGUGCUCAGGACUCCUAAGGAGGGCAGUGAGGAGGACACGGAUGAGGAGAAGGAGGCUCUGAAGAACCAGCUGAGAGAGAUGGAGCUGGAGCUGGCGCAGACCAAGCUACAGCUGGUGGAGGCUGAGUGCAAGAUCCAGGAUCUGGAGCAUCAUCUUGGUCUGGCUCUGAACGAGGUCCAAGCCGCCAAAAAGACGUGGUUCAACAGGACAUUAACCUCCAUCAAGACUGUGACAGGAGCUCAGGGCAAGGAGAGCGUCUAACAAGAGACACAUCCACAGACUAAACACUCCAGCCCCAUCAUCAUCUUCCCCCAUCCGGCUCGACCCCACAGCUUCUAGGGUACCAGCUACCCCAUUUGAAACACAAGUACUUACUGAAAGAAAAAGGCUUUAACGCUAGUCUUUCUACUACUGAUGAUGUUAAACGUCUGGGGUGUGUCGCUGACCAACAACGCUCCUCUGGGGGAUAUUAACAUUUCUAUCUGCUGUCCUACUCAAGACUACUUGCACAAAGUCAACAGACGGUACGAGUGCUGCCGGAAAACUAGCUUGGGUCCUAGCGUGACUUUCAUUAUUGUAAGAAGAGGGCAAAUGUGUUGAUUGUGUGCAUGUGUACGAGGUCUGCUUUUAUUGUACAGUGCAUAUGUGAAUAUGUUGGCCAACAUUGUGGUUCUCAGAGGAAAAGUAAAACAGGAAGAUGGUAGCACACUGUACAUAGACUGUACAGUGAACUUUUAAUUAAAUUCCUCCUCCAACCACUAGCUGGCGCCCUUCUGAUAUUAACAAAAGCAGUAAAUGGUGAUUGGGGUGUAGGCAUUAUGUCUAUGCGAUGCCAUACACAACCAGAUCGGUGAAGUCUGCUUGUGUAUGUGAAAGGUUUUACAGUAGCUGUUCAUCAUGACUAACAGGAAACACUUAGGCACAUCUGGAGGUAAAGAAACUGCAGCAGUCGCUUUGGGGAAGGUGUUUACACCUUACAGACAUAUUUAUAUUAAUAUCAGGCUUGCUAGAGUUAUUGUUGUUAUUAAAGAAGACAAAUGAGGCCGUUCUAAAAGGCACAGGGUUGUAAAUAGCAUUUUGUUUUUUGGAUUAAUUUUAUAUUUCAACUAUGGUAACUGUACUAAUGUUGCCUAAUUGUACUGUGCUACAGAUUAUUACUCAUGAUUUGCUUUGUCUGAAUUUCCAACUGCUGUCUGAUCAUUACAUGCCAACUGUACCUUUUACCCAGCAUUACAUGCGUGUGGACAUGGUAAUAGUGUAGGAUGCAUUGUGUAAACCUCCAUGAAUUUCAAUAUAAACCUAUGAAUACUU